AUGGAUAUCCUUCAGAACUCACUCGGACAGCGCCUGGCGAGGUUCCUCGACCGUCCGCUCUUCCCUUGGAAGAAGCUCAUUAUCGGUUUCUCGGUCGCGCAAUACCUCUUCGAAGGUUUCCUCUCUAUAAGACAGUACCGUGUCCUGCAGAAGGCCAAGCCGCCAGCCGUUCUCGAGAAGGAAGUGACGCAGGAUGUCUUCGACAAGAGCCAGGCCUACGGACGCGCCAAGGCCAAGUUCGAGCUGAUCAACGGUCUCUGGGGUCAGGUCCAGAACCUUGCCUUCAUCCACUUCGAUGUCUUGCCCAAGCUGUGGUCGUGGGCUGGCAGCCUUCUCCUCCGCUUCGCGCCGGCGCGUUUCACGGGAGAGAUAUCCCAGUCCAUCGUCUUUGUCCUGUCCUUCAUCGUCAUCCACCAGAUCCUGUCGCUGCCCGGCUCCAUCUACCACACCUUCUUCCUUGAGGAGAAGUUUGGUUUCAAUAAGCAGACGCCCAAGCUAUUCAUCACGGAUAUGAUCAAGUCGAACCUGCUCGCCUUUGUCCUUGCUCCCCCGAUCCUGGCCGGUUUCCUCUCGAUUGUCCAGAAGACUGGCAACCAGUUCUUCUACUACUUGUGGCUAUUCGGUGCCGGCCUCCAGGUCUUCAUGAUUACUGUCUACCCGAUUGCGAUUCUGCCCCUGUUCAACAAGCUCUCGCCCCUCCAGCCUGGCGAGCUCAAGGAUGGCGUCGAGGCUCUGGCCAAGAAGCUCAAGUUCCCGCUCCACGAGCUCUAUGCCAUCGACGGAUCCAAGCGCAGCGCUCACAGCAACGCUUACUUCUUUGGUCUCCCCUGGAAGAAGCACAUUGUGAUCUACGAUACCCUCAUUGAGAAGAGCGAGACGGAGGAAGUUGUUGCUGUCCUUGCGCACGAGCUGGGUCACUGGAGCCUCGGCCACACCACCCGCCUGUUUGGCAUCUCUCAGCUGCACUUCUUCUACAUCUUCGCGCUGUUCUCCGUCUUUAUCAACAACCACAGCCUUUAUGCCGACUUUGGCUUCCUCACGGAGCACCCGAUCAUUGUCGGGUUCAUCCUCUUCUCUGACGCCCUGGCUCCCAUGGACAUGAUCAUCAAGCUGCUCAUGAACAUUCUCAGCCGCCGCUACGAGUUCCAGGCCGACGCCUUCGCGCGCGGCCUUGGCUACAACGCAGAGCUGGCCCGCUCGCUUAUCAAGCUGCAGAUCCAGAACCUGAGCACCAUGGAGGCUGACUGGAUGUUUGCCAACUACCACUUCUCCCACCCUAUCUUGUCGGAGAGGCUCAAGGCCCUCAACUGGCAGUCAACCGAGAAGGUUGCCGCUGACGAGAAGAAGGACAAGGAAGCGGCUGCUGUGCACCGCCGCGCGGCCGAUGCAGCAGGUCUCAACGGCCUCUUCAGCCGCUUGCUGGAUAGGCAGCUCAAGGUGAGCCCCCCACCCUCGCACUUCGAAUCAAUCCCCGUGUCUGCUCAGACCCGACCGCUCACGCCACCUGAUCGAAAUCAGAUCCUUCUCUUCUCUCCCGACCCUCCGCCCGUCCAUCCCUGCGUUCUCGGCCACCAAGCCCAGCUGCGUCUUCCGCCCGUCGGCCCUCCAGCCCGCGCUGCACGCGGCCUUCACGCCCGCCUCGGCCGAGGCGGCAGGCGUGGCGGCGGCGGCGGCGGACGUCGUGCCCAAGAGCGCCAUCACGGCGCACCCCGCGCUGGGAGGAGGCAUGCAGAUCCGGUGCGGCCCGCGCAACACGCUGCAGAGGAACAGCCGGCUGAUCCAGAAGCGGAGGCACGGGUUCCUGAGCCGGAUACGGACCAAGACCGGGCAGAAGCUGCUCAAGAGGAGGAUUGCCAAGGGGCGCAAGAAGCUGUGCACUUGAACGAGACAGUCGAAGGACGGCAGGCGUAG